GUUAUUCAGCUUCUAAAAGCUGGAAAAGCCAAGGAAGUCUCCUAUAAUGCACUAGCCUCACAUAUAAUUUCAGAGGAUGGGGAUAAUCCAGAAGUUGGAGAAGCUCGGGAAGUCUUUGACUUACCUGUUGUAAAGCCUUCUUGGGUGAUUUUGUCCGUUCAGUGUGGAGCUCUUCUGCCAGUAAAUGGUUUUUCUCCAGAGUCAUGUCAGAUAUUUUUUGGAAUCACUGCCUGUCUUUCUCAGGGUGUUGAUACAAGCUGGAGCUCUUUGUUGGAGUCUUCCAGAGCUCUCCCAGGGAGAGGUAGGGAAGGGAGCUUGUCCAGCAGAAGUUGGGAAGCACAGAGAUCAUCUGCCUUCUUCUGACCCGGUAUUGAUGCAGGCUGAGGCCUCUGUUGUAAUGUGCUGGGUAUCAUCUGAAGACAGAAGUGCCCUGUGGGCCUUGGUUACAUUCUACGGGGGGGAUUGCCAGCUGAUCCUUAAUAAGAAAUGCACACAUUUGAUUGUUCCAGAGCCCAAGGGGGAGAAAUAUGAAUGCGCUUUAAAGCGAGCAAGUAUUAAAAUUGUGACACCUGAUUGGGUCCUGGAUUGCAUAUCUGAGAAAACCAAAAAGGAUGAAGCAUUUUAUCAUCCUCGUCUGAUAAUUUAUGAAGAGGAAGAAGAGGAAGAAGAGGAGGAGGAAGUAGAAAAUGAAGAACAAGAUUCUCAAAAUGAGGGUAGUACAGAUGAAAAGUCAAGCCCUGCCAGUUCUCAAGAAGGAUCUCCUUCAGGUGACCAACAGUUUUCACCCAAAUCAAACACUGAAAAAUCUAAAGGAGAGUUGAUGUUUGAUGACUCUUCAGAUUCAUCACCUGAAAAACAAGAGAGAAAUUUAAAUUGGACUCCAGCUGAAGUUCCACAGUUAGCUGUGGCAAAACGCAGACUGCCUCAGGGAAAGGAGCCUGGGCUGAUUAACUUAUGUGCCAAUGUCCCACCGGUCCCAGGUAACAUUUUGCCUCCUGAUGUCCGGGGUAAUGUGAUGGCUUCUGGACAAAAUCUCCAAAGUUCUGAAAGACCAGAAAUGAUAGCUACCUGGAGUCCAGCUGUGCGGACAUUGAGAAAUAUUACUAAUAAUGCUGACAUUCAGCAGAUUAACCGGCCAUCAAAUGUAGCACAUAUUUUACAGUCCCUUUCAGCACCCACAAAAAAUUUAGAACAGCAGGUGAAUCACAGCCAGCAGGGACAUGCAAAUGCCAAUGCGGUGCUGUUUAGCCAAGUGAAAGUGACUCCAGAGACACACAUGUUACAGCAGCAGCAUCAGACCCAGCAGCAGCAGCAGCAGCAGCACCCAGUUUUACAUCUUCAGCCCCAGCAAAUAAUGCAGCUCCAGCAACAGCAACAGAUUUCUCAACAACCUUACCCUCAGCAGCAGUCGCAUCAGUUUUCACAGCAGCAGCAGCAAGUCCCUCAGCAUCAGUUUUCACAGCAACAGCUACAGUUUCCACAGCAACAGUUGCAUCCUCAACAGCAGCUUCAUCGCCCUCAGCAGCAACUACAGCCGUUUCAGCAGCAGCAUGCCCUGCAGCAACAGUUACAUCAGCUGCAGCAGCACCAGCUGCAACAGCAGCAGCUGGCACAGCUCCAGCAGCAGCAGCACAACCUGCUCCAGCAGCAGCAGCAGCAGCACAUUCAGCAGCAGCAACUCCAGCAGCAGCAACUCCAGCGCAUACACCACCAGCAGCAGCAACAGCAGCAGAUGCAAAGUCAAACAGCGCAACAUUUGAGUCAGACCUCCCAGGCGCCGCAGCACCAGAUUCCACCUCAGCAGCCCCUGCAGCAGCAGCAGCAACAGCAGCAGCAGCAGCAGCUUUUUGGACAUGAUCCAGCAGUGGAGAUUCCAGAAGAAGGCUUCUUACUGGGAUGCGUGUUUGCAAUUGCGGAUUAUCCAGAGCAGAUGUCUGAUAAACAGCUGCUGGCCACUUGGAAAAGGAUAAUCCAGGCACACGGUGGUGCUGUGGACCCCACGUUCACAAGUCGAUGCACACACCUUCUCUGUGAGAGUCAAGUCAGUAGUGUGUACGCACAGGCGAUAAGAGAAAGAAAGAGAUGUGUCACUGCACACUGGCUAAAUACAGUCUUGAAGAAGAAGAAAAUGGUCCCACCUCAUCGAGCCCUUCAUUUUCCAGUGGCGUUCCCACCAGGAGGAAAGCCAUGUUCACAGCAUAUUAUUUCUGUAACGGGAUUUGUUGAUAAUGACAGAGAUGACUUAAAGUUAAUGGCUUAUUUGGCAGGUGCCAAAUAUACAGGUUAUCUAUGCCGCAGCAACACAGUCCUCAUCUGUAAAGAACCAACUGGUUUAAAGUAUGAAAAAGCCAAAGAGUGGAGGAUACCUUGUGUAAAUGCUCAGUGGCUUGGUGAUAUUCUUCUGGGAAACUUCGAGGCAUUGAGGCAGAUUCAGUAUAGUCGCUAUUCAACAUUCAGUCUACAGGAUCCAUUUACCCCUACUCAGCAUUUAGUUAUGAAUCUUCUAGAUGCUUGGAGAGUUCCAUUAAAAGUAUCAGCAGACUUGUUAAUGGGUGUAAGACUACCUCCCAAACUGAAACAAAAUGAAGUAACUAAUGUCCAGCCUUCUUCUAAAAGAGCCAGAAUUGAAGACAUACCACCUCCCACUAAAAAGCUAACACCAGAAUUGACCCCUUUUGUGCUUUUCACUGGAUUCGAGCCUGUCCAAGUUCAACAAUAUAUUAAGAAGCUCUACAUUCUUGGCGGAGAGGUUGCAGAGUCUGCACAGAAAUGCACACACCUCAUUGCCAGCAAAGUCACACGCACUGUGAAGUUCCUAACGGCAAUUUCUGUAGUAAAGCACAUAGUAACACCAGAUUGGCUGGAAGAAUGCUUCAAGUGUCAGAAAUUUAUUGAUGAGCAGAACUACAUUCUCCGAGAUGCUGAGGCUGAAGUACUUUUCUCUUUCAGUUUGGAAGAGUCCUUAAAACGGGCACACGUUUCUCCACUCUUUAAGGCAAAAUAUUUUUAUAUCACACCUGGAAUCUGCCCAAGUCUCUCAACUAUGAAGGCAAUUGUGGAAUGUGCAGGAGGAAAAGUGUUAUCUAAACAGCCAUCUUUCCGGAAGCUCAUGGAGCAUAAGCAGAAUAAGAGUUUGUCAGAAAUAAUUCUAAUAUCCUGUGAAAAUGACCUUCAUUUAUGUCGAGAAUAUUUUGCCAGAGGAAUAGAUGUUCAUAAUGCAGAGUUUGUUCUAACUGGAGUGCUUACACAAACGCUGGACUAUGAAUCAUAUAAAUUUAACUGACAGAGUCGAGGCUGCUGUGUGACUGGAGUCCUGGGGCCCAAGGCCGGCUGUCUGGCAGUGAUGAAGCACCAGGGCUUCCUUCAGAUGCUUGUGUUUUCCAGUUGCUUUCUUGGGGGAUAAGACUUAAAAGCAGGAAAACAAAUAUAAUAAAUAUACUGCAUCUUAUUAAGAUGUGCAAUUUUAUUCUGAGGAAACAUAAAUUAUGUUGUGUAUUAUAUGACUUUAAGAGCCCACAUUAGGUUUUCUGAUUCAUUUGCCAGGUUUUUAAAUGUUUUCACAAAACUGUUAUGGGACUUCAGCUACAAAUAAAGUGGUGUAAAUAAAGACCUUGCUAUCUCUAAAUUACGGAUGUUAAAAAUUUGAAAUGUUUUGUACUUUGAUUAUUUUUAUUUCUUAUACUGUUUUCUUUUAUAUUGAGAUCUUGCCCACAUUUUAAAUAAAUGUACUUUUGAACUU